CUCUCCUAUUCUUCUUUACUGCUUUGCAAGGAAAUGGCUGAUCAUAGGCGGCAGUUAAUGGAAGUUCAUCGGAAGUUCGCUGUGCUGGCAGGGACGGCAACUCUGGUUGGCACCCUAAGUCUGACGGUGCUACUGACUCUGCCUGGCGGAUACUACGAUGGAGCGAAAGAAAUACCAACGGUUUCUCCCCACAUCCCAAACCGAACAUCCGCAUUUCCAUUUCCAUUUCCAUCUCCACCUCCACCUCCACCUGACCCACACAAAGUUGGAGAAUCGAAGCUAAGCGAUACCUGGAGCUUCAAUCUAAUAAUGUAUUCGGCUGGUUAUGGUUUGCUUCUCUCUAUGUUUGUUAUCGUCGUUUACAUGACUGGUAAAGGGGAAGAGUUGUGGAGGUGGAACAACGCUUAUAUCUUUUGCAGGAAUGUCAUGUGGGGAGCUACAUUCCUGAGUUUCGAAGCUACAAUAAUGCUGAUAAUUAGCAUUAUUGGUUGUCAUACCAAUUUUGCGGUCUAUAUGGGAGCUGGUGGUCUGGUUAUUCUUUUUGGUUCUGUGUAUGCAUCCUACGUUUUCUGGAUAAAAUGAGUAGCGUCGGUAAAAUCAAGUAGUUGUUGUCAGGUCUUUGUUUAUUAUAUUAUGAGUAGCGUCAGGUCUUUGUUUAUUAUAUUAUGAGUAGCGUCAGGUUGUUGUUUCGAGUCUACGUUUUAUAUUAUAAGUUGUUUCGAGUCUAUGAGUCUACUUUUUAUAUUAUAUUUGAAAGUAAAUAACACGAGUCUGUUUUGAUUUA